CCACGCGACAUUUACUAGUGGCACAUCUGACCCACGUGAAGAAGAGCUGUAGGAUAGUAGUGAUCCCAAAGUGAAGAUUUGGGAGUGGGUAAACUGAAGUCUGUAGUGUCAGAUUUUUCUAAACAGCCACCAUGUCUUCGUUUAGAAAAGCCUUGAAAUCGCGUCAGCGAGAUCACAAAGAGAGAUCUCAGCUUAAUUUUAGGAAACAUUUGGGACUCUUGGAGAAGAAGAAGGACUACAAACUUCGAGCAGAUGACUACCAUAAGAAACAAAACACGCUCAAUGCCAUGCGCAAGAGGGCCAUGGACAAGAACCCAGAUGAAUUCUACUUCAAAAUGAUAAACUCACAGUUGAAGGAUGGGGUGCAUGUGGACAAAAAAAAAGAAGAGGAGGAGGUGACAGAUGAACAGAAGAAGGUGAUGAGGACCCAGGACAUUAAGUAUGUGGAGAUGAAGAGGGUCUCCGAGGCCAAGAAAAUUGAACGGUUAAAGUCCGGACUUCAUCUUCUGGAUGCAGAGGGGAAGCAGAACAACCAACAGACGUUUUUUGUCGACACCAAAGAAGAAGUGGAGGCGUUUGACCUGGCUGCACACCUGAACACAGUGCCCGAGUUGGUGAAGCGGACCUUUAACAGACCAAUGGUGGAAACCCUGGAGAAGAAAAGCAUUGUGGGAACAGUGGAGACAUGGAACAUAGAGAAACUAGCCAAGCAGAGGAAGAAUCAGUAUGAGAUUCUCUCUCAGCGCAUUGAGAGAGAGAAGAAAAUGUUUGUCAUCAGCCAGAAGAUUCAGACACGCAAAGAGCUGCAAGACAAGACCAGGAAAGUGAAGGUGAAGAAGGAGACUGCCAACUCUGCGGCCAUCUACAAAUUUGAGGCCAAGAGGAAGCGCUGAUGAACUCUGCUCUACUCUGGCCUGGGAACAGGAUCACACACACUCACAGGAACGGCCCCUACAGACUGUCUCAAGCGUUUGCCCCUACUGGCCACUACACUGCCGACUGGGUUUCUCUGCCAACUUGAGCAGCUGCAGAAGUCGAAGGAGCUCUGGAGGAUUUUCUUUUUCAAAUGUAUUUCUGAAUUGAUAUGUUUAUAGCAAUAUUUUCAAGAUCCCAACUAAAAUUGUGUACUGAAAUAAAGAAAAAAGUGUUUGUUUAUUGAAGGAAA